AUAUUCCCCUCUCAUUUCUCCUGGCCUCUCCCCACAGUCCGUAUCCAAGUCUAAGUUUCUUCUAGGUUUCACUUUCGGUUUCAACCUUAGAGAUUUCUCCCAACUUUCACUUUCGCUUUCAAUCCUAACGUCCAAUCCUAACUUCUUUGCCACAGUCCGUAUCCGAGUCUAUGCCUAGGCUUUCAAUAGCUUCUUCCGGCACCUUUUCCGUCCGGCUUUCCCUAGGCUCUUUGCUAGUCUCUCUCUCCGGUAUUUUCCCACUUCUUCCCAUUUCUUCCCUCCUAGGUUUCCUAUCCGAGUCACGGCACCAGUAUGUCGCUCUCCGUCUUCGUGGAGGAACGACACAGGACCCUGCGCUGUUCUUUUGUCUGCUCGGCUCUCCCCGGGUUUGCUGCUGGUUCUUCCCGGGUUGGCUACCGACCCUUCCACCUCCGUGGAAGGGCGGUUCCCCCUGCCACCUUCCCCACUUCCGCGGGGGAGCGGCACACCGCCGGCCGGCUCUCUCGGGGGCUGCACAGGUGUUCCUUCAGAUAGAUGUUCUUGGUGCAUGUUGUCUCUCUCCUCCUUUAUAGUCCUCUUCCACCAAUCCCAACUCUGCUACCCACACGCCGAGUACGCUGUUCUCCUCCAAUCAGGAGCAGCUCCUGCAGCUUGUCAAGUUGGUGAAAGGCAGCUGGGUAGAAGCUGUUUGCUCCUCUCCCAGCGCCAUAUUGUGGGAGAGCAGAUGCAUAGAAUAAGUCUUAAUUCCAGUAACUUAGUCUAGUCCGAGUUGCUCCCCACACACUUGUUGCUGGCUUUGUUUGCAAUCCAAUGUCUUUGCCAUGGUCUUUGUUGGCAGAUAAACCCUGAGCUUGGGGAUGCUAAGUCAGGUGAUCCUCGCUGCCCUAUUGUGCUCCUCAUUCUCACUGGUUCUAUUUCUGCAGGUUACACCAAUAUGGGGGUGUUCUCGCGGUCCCCUCCCACUCUACUAUCUGCAUCCUUGACCUCAGUUAUGUCACAUCAGGACUGGGGUGUUUUAUCUAAGGAUGAGGCUGUGAAGAUUGAGAAAGACUUAGAAGAUGGGAACUUGCUGAAGGUGGUCUCUGACAUGAGGCGGCCUCUGGAGCUGGUGUCCCAGACGCCAGUCAACAUCGCGGUGACAGGAGAAUCUGGCAAUGGCAUGUCCACCUUCAUCAAUGCGCUUCGCGAGAUAGGACACGAGGAGGAGGCCUCGGCGCCCACGGGGGUGGUCACAACUACCGAAACCCGUGCUGCCUAUUCAUCCCCCCUGUUUCCAAAGGCUGUGCUGUGGGACCUGCCUGGCACAGGGGUGGCUACUGAUACCUUGCAGGAGUAUCAUGUGGAAAUGCAGUUCAGCCAGUACGACCUCUUCAUCAUCAUCGCGUCCCAGCAGUUCAGCAUGAAUCACGUGAUGCUCGCCAAAACCAUCGCGGACAUGGGAAAGAAGUUCUACAUUGUCUGGACCAAGCUGGACCUGGACCUCAGCUCAAGCACCCUCCCAGGGUGUGAGCUACAACAGACCAUCAAAAACCACAUCUUGAGAAGUCUCCAGAAGCAGCGAGUGUGCGAACCCCCCAUAUUCCUGGUUUCCAGCCUUAAACCUUCUUCACACGACUUCCCAGGUCUCAGAGACACAUUGCAAAGGGACUUGUCCCGAGUCAGAUGCGAUGGCCCUCUUCAACACCUCAUGCAUGCCUGCGAGAAGAUCAUCAGCCACAGAGUGGUCCAUGCAGCGGAAAAUUACUCUACAACCUCUGCAAGGCUUCCUGGGCUUCUGGUCUUUUAUUUGCUCUCAGUCAUGGGUACAGUUUUCUCAAUUAUACCUUCCAUAGAACAACACCAAGAUUUGCCCUCCAGCUUUCAAGUGUAUCUUAAAAACUUCAAGACAGAAAGCAAAAUCCUCUCUCAGGAAACCAUCCUUUCAGUUGAGUCACGCCUGACCAGAGGAGACAUUCAAGGCGCACACUCCGUAAUGAAAGAGGCAUUAAAAAAUAUUGACGGUAUCCCACUUAACAUCGCUGUGACAGGGCAGUUGGGUUCAGGGAAGUCAAGUUUGGUGAAUUCCCUGAGAGGCGUGGGACAUGAAGGCAGAGAUGCAGCUCCAGUUGGAGAGGAGACAACCAUGCAGAGAACACCAUACAAACACCCAAAUUUUCCUAACGUGACAAUAUGGGACUUGCCUGGCAUUGGAAUCUCUGAUUUCCAGUCAAAUGCUUACUUGGAGGAAGUCAAGUUUGGUGAGUACGACUUCUUCAUUAUUGUUUCUGCAACACGCUUCAAGAGAAAUGACCUAGACCUGGCCAAAGUUAUAAAAUCUAUGAAGAAGAACUUCUACUUUGUGAGAACCAAGGUGGACCUGGAUUUACAAAAUGAACAGGAACUUAGACCAGCUAUAUUUGAAAGAAAACAAGUCUUGGAAGAGAUUCGAAACAAAUCUCUGAAGCAAUUUCAGAAGAAUAAUAUUAAAACACAAAUCUUCUUAAUUUCUAACAGAGAUUUGUCUGAGUUUGAUUUCCCAAUCCUGAUGGACACUCUACUAAAGGAUCUCCCUGCUCAGAAGCGCCACACGUUCAUGCUUUCCCUGCCCAACAUUACUGAGGCAGCCAUUGAUAGAAAGAGGGACUCUCUAAAGCAAACUAUCUGGCUAGAAGCCUUCAAGGCUGUUUUUGCAACCUUUCCUAUGGUGGGCAUCAUAAAGGACAAUGAUGUGGAGAAGCUGAAGGCCACCCUACAUCAAUAUCAGGUCCACUUUGGAGUGGAUGAUGCAUCCCUGCAGAGUCUGGCUGAGGAUUUACAAGUGCCUGUGGAAGAACUCAAAGCCGUCAUUAAGUCUCCCUAUUUGUUUGACACUGAAAAGGACCAAAACAAUAGGGGAAAGCUUUUGAAAUAUUUGGAGAUUUUAAGUUCAGCUGCUUUAACUCCUCUUGCUGCAAGUCUUUACUUCAGGAAAGUUUUCUGCCUGCAAUUUCACUUCCUUGACAUAGUGACCAAUGAUGCUAAAGUUCUGAUAAAAGAGGCAUAUUCCAGAAAGUCUGACUUUCCAAUAGUCUAAAAUCUUCUGGAUGUUGAAAUCCAAAUUUAUGGAGAAACAAAGCACACUGGAUGUUGCUAACUGAUAUGCUGAGUUUCUUUGAGGGCAUCUAGCCUUCAAUUCAGACUUACCGACUGCAUAUCCCAAUAGCUGGACCAAGGACAUGGGAUAUCUUUGAAUACAGGCAGAGCUAAAUACCAUGCAUCCAC